AUGGAUAGAUACCAAAGGAAGAUAGGCUGUUUCAUACAGAUCCCCAAUUUGGGGCGUGGACAACUGAAAUACGUAGGACCAGUGGACACGAAAGCUGGAAUGUUUGCUGGUGUGGACUUGCUUGCCAACAUUGGUAAGAACGAUGGGUCAUUCAUGGGAAAGAAGUAUUUUCAAACAGAGUAUCCUCAAAGUGGACUAUUUAUCCAGUUGCAAAAGGUCGCAUCACUGAUUGAGAAGGCAUCAAUAUCGCAAACUUCGAGAAGAACGACGAUGGAACCGCUAUCAAUACCCAAGAACAGAUCUAUCGUGAGGCUCACAAAUCAGUUCUCUCCCAUGGAUGAUCCUAAAUCUCCCACGCCAAUGAGAAGUUUCCGGAUCACCAGUCGACACAGCGGCAAUCAGCAGACGAUGGACCAAGAGGCGUCGGAUCACCAUCACCAGCAAGAAUUUGCCUACGAUAAUAGAGAAGACAGAAUGGAGGUUGAUUCUAUUCUAUCAUCCGAGAGAAAGGCUAAUCACAACACCAGCAACGACUGGAAACCGGACAACGGCCACAUGAAUGACUAUAAUAGCAGCGAAGUUACAAUUGAAUUACGAGAAGCUCAAUUGACCAUCGAAAAGUUACAAAGGAAACAACUACACUACAAGAGGCUACUGGAUGACCAAAGAAUGGUCCUCGAAGAAGUACAACCGACUUUUGAUAGAUAUGAAGCCACAAUACAAGAAAGAGAGAAAGAGAUCGACCAUCUCAAGCAGCAACUGGAACUGGAACGCAGACAACAGGCUAAACAAAAGCAGUUUUUUGACUCUGAGAAUGAACAGCUACUUGCUGUCGUAAGCCAAUUGCACGAAGAGAUCAAAGAAAACGAAGAAAGAAAUCUUUCUCAUAGCCAACUCACUGGUAGCAACGAAGAUGUCGAACUCCUGAAAAAACAGGUGGAACAAUUACGCAACAUAGAAGACCAAUUCGAAUUGCACAAGACGAAGUGGGCUAAAGAACGCGAACAGUUGAAAAUGCAUAACGAUUCGCUAAGUAAAGAAUACCAAAACUUGAGCAAGGAAUUAUUUUCGACAAAACCACAAGAUUCCUCAUCGGAGGAGGUAGCAUCCUUAACGAAAAAACUUGAAGAGGCUAAAGAAAGGAUCAAACAGUUGGAACAGGCUCAAGCACAACCAGCCGUGGAAUCAUUACCCAUUUUCGACCCCCCUGCACCAGUAGAUUCCACAGCAGGAAGACAACAGUGGUGUGAGCAUUGUGAUGCGAUGGGUCACAUUACAGCUGAAUGCCCCCAUCAUAAUCCUGACAACCAGCAGUUCUUCUAA